UCGCCGCCUUGUUUACGCCUCUCCAUCAGCUGAUCGGGGCUGCCUUGGUGUUCCUGCAGACGUGGAUUGCGAUGAGUGUUCAUCAUUUACUCUCAUUAGCAAACAGCGCCAUAUCUUAGCUGGUAAAUUAGUGCAUAUAAACUAAUGCCCUGAGUUCAUUCAGUAUAGUGUAAAAUGUGUAUUGUUUGUGUUCAUAAGUGAAUUUAUAUUUGUUGUCAGUGUUUUCGUAGUAACAGCUGAGCGUGACUGCUUGAUGACACUUGGGCCAUGACGCUCGCUCAGCAAGUCACCGUCCGCCCUGUACCUCGUAGGGCUCAAGAGUGACCGACAGAUCCCCACACAUGAUACACACGAUGAGAUAAGAAAGAUAACAUUACAGUCUUAUCAUUGGCAUUGAUGUGGAACGAUUCGAUUGUGGAAAUAUACGAAGGUCAUCUAUUGUGUGCUGCCUUCUCCAGCUGGCAUACCUUCAACUCGUCCUGAUGUUUGGUGUCUGACCUCCACACGCCUUACCCCUCCAGCGAGAUGCCUGCCCCAGUGGGACUACACCCUGGGGAGCAAUAUUCCCGUGCGACGGGACUCAUCUAUGUAUUCAACCUCAUUGUGGGGACAGGAUGCCUCACCCUGCCUGCUGCUUUUGCUGCUGCUGGCUGGUCCCUCUCAGCAGCUGGUAUCCUCCUCCUUGCUCUAGUCAGCUACAUGACGACAACAUGGGUGGUGGAGAGCAUGGCCUGUGCCAACGCCAUCAACCACUGGCGGCGGAUGAAGCAGCUGAAGAAGCGUGGACAAGUUGCAGAUGAGCUUGUGAACCGCACUCUGGAGAAUGCUGAGGCAGACCAGCGGGCGACAGAUACCUCGGAGGACCAGGAGGACCAUGAGGAGGAUUCGCCGCUCAUUACAGAGGGUGUGAUUGAGAGGACAGUUGGUGAAUACUAUGCCAUCCAGGAACAAAUUGAGAUGGGGCAGAUGGCAGCACUGUUCUACCCAAAAGUGUGGGACAAAGUAUUUUAUGUGGUGCUUUGUAUAUACCUGUAUGGGGACCUGGCUAUUUAUGAAGCAGCUGUUGCUAAGUCAUUAAGAGACAGUAUGUGCAACUAUGUGCCGGAGAACUGCACUGAGACUUUACUGGACGAUGACAAAUGCUUCAAGGAUUCAGACAUCAAAAGAAUAGACAUAUACAGGUUAUGCAUGGCUGGGUUCAUUGGAAUAAUGGGUCCAUUCGUCUUCUUUAAUCUCACAAAGACCAAAUACAUGCAAAUAUUAACUACCUUCACCAGGUGGCUUGCAAUGGGGAUCAUGAUUGCCUGGGCCAUCGUCAAACUUGCCCAGGACCAAGGCAAGGGACACCCACCCACUGCUGAUGUCACCAAGUUGCCUCAGCUUUUUGGUGUGUGUGUUUACAGUUUUAUGUGCCACCAUUCCCUGCCUGCCCUCAUCACUCCUGUCAGUGAAAAAAAGUCCAUUUUGAAGCUGUUGGCAGCAGAUUAUCUUCUUAUCCUGAUGUUCUACUACCUGUUGGCCUUCACUGGGAUCUUUACCUUUGCUCACUUGGAGGAUCUCUACACCCUCAACUUUCAACCUGAUCGAUGCAAAACUGGCAGUGAAACUUCCAUUGUUGUCUACUGUCUACAGGUAUUCUUGCUCAUGUUCCCUGUCUUCACCCUGAGCACUAACUUCCCCAUCAUCGCCAUUACGCUCAGAAAUAACCUUAAGAGCCUGUGUCUAAGGGAAAAUCGCCGUUACUCCUUCUUCACUUCUCGCUGUCUGUUUCCACUGCUGGCCAUCAUUCCCCCAACACUGGUGGGACUUGCCACCUCUGAUGUGGAGAUCUUGGUGGGGAUCACUGGGGCAUAUGCAGGCUCCUUCAUUCAGUACAUUGUGCCGGCAACACUAGUGUAUUAUGCACGCAAGAUGACGCUGCAGCAUAUUGGCAUGGGUGUCAAGAAUCCCUUCUCAGCACCCCUACAACACUCUGCCUGGAUUGUGGUGAUCUGCCUGUGGGCAGCAUUGUGCCAGGUGUUUGUCACAUUGUAUCUUAUUGAAGAAUACAAGUAGCAGUUCUGUAAAUAUACAUGUUUAUGUAUCAAAGCUGUUAAUAUGAUGUAAAUAGAAUUAUAUUUUGUAUAUGAGUACAACCAGGUGAUUGAUAUGUGACUGAAGUAUUGGCUGUAAUUUAGCUUAAUAUUUCAUGUUCUACCUUUAGCCUGCUCAAGUAUUGUAAUUCCUGAUUUUUUUUUUUCCUUGUUUAGCAGAUGGCUGCAAUGACAUCCUAAAGAAAUGUAUUAAUUUGAUUAACAAGUAAAAACAGUUUCUUCCCAUUGUGGUCCUUGCAUCAUUGUAUUGGAUCUGUAUAGGAGGUUGAUAUUAGGAGUGUUUCCCACCAAAGCAAUGUCUCUUACAAAUUCUCACAUUUUUGUGUGGGGAGGACCUUCCAUUGACAGUGCUUCUUUUGGUUGGAGUUCACAUUGGCCAGAUCUGUGAUGUAAACUGCCUGGUGUCCCUUGCUCAUUCAUUCAUUCAGUCAGUCAGUCAAUCAAAUGUCAUGUAAGUUGUCUUCCUUCAAGUGUAGACACAACUUCCAGUCAUUUAAGCUCUUUGCUUUCCUUGUUUCUAUGAUUGAAACACAUUCCAGUAUUCUCUCAUUCAUACUUCCUUGUACUCUUUAACUUAACUUUUUUAAUGAUGCAGCAGUUCUUGAAAGUUUUCAUUUGGAUAAACGUGAUAGGCUGCAUCAUAUUCUCUGUGUAAACUUAUAUAUAUAUAUAUAUAUAUAUAUAUAUAUAUAUAUAUAUAUAUAUAUAUAUAUAUAUAUAUAUAUAUAUAUAUAUAUAUAUACACAUGCAGUAAUACCUUGAGAUAUAAUUUUUUUCGAGAUGUGAUCCACAACUUGGUCCAUUUUUUAUUUUGAGAUAUGAGUUGUGCUUUGGGAUGCUACUGCUAGUUGGCACAUUGAUCCACCCCCAGCCAAGCUGGUAUCUAUGUGUUUCCCAAAAAUCCUAUGCAUUCUGAUUGUUCUUUAAUAAUUUUUACACUAUUUAUUUAUUUUUUUUGUUUAAAGAAAGAACCAUUUUAAUUUGUCUAAUAUUUAGUGUGUGCCUGUAUCCCUCCCUCCCUCCCUUCCUUGUCUGCCAUUCACCACCAUUAGCUAAAAUCGUCUUGUCUCCAAGAUAAGAACAUUAAUUAAAGAGUGUCUAUGCCAGCGCUUAUCACUGAGAGAGAGAGAACAAUGUAAACAAACCUCUGCAGCAACACAACCUCUAUUCUCUCUCUCUUAUCUACUUAAAACUUAAUUUAUUCUAUGAAUAAUGUUUACCGAGUUGGCAGGUCUUCUGUGAUUAUUAGAACAGCCAGUCUUCUGUGGGUGGCUAUAUUUAUACACUCCAGUUGAUCGACAGACACAAGUGAGGAUGGGGGCAAGAUGCAGCAGGGUAACAUCCCGUUGAAUGCAUUCCUCCAAGAUAAAUAUACAGUGGAGACUCAAUACUCGAACUUCAUUCGUUUCAAAUGGCUGUUCGAGUAUUAAAAAGUUUGACAUUGAUACCUAUAAAUCAGGUAAUUCGUUCUAGCCAUUGCCAAACCCAAGUUUA